ACCAUUCUUGACCUAAAACUCAUAUCAUUACACCCAAAUUUGAUACUACUUGUAUUUUAGGUAAAGAUUUCCCAAAAUCACUAAGUAGUUAGCUUUUUGAAAACCUCCCACUAUUCUUGGCUCCAAAGACUUUUGGCCUUUGACCCUCAAUUUUUUAAUCAUUGUCCCCUCUUUACAGUUCUCUUAUAUACCCCAUCUUCUUUAACCAUUCAUACACCUUAUAACUCCAUAACACAAAGUCACAAACACACACACACACUUGGAAGAGGAAGACACUAAAAAUGGCACCCGAAUUUCAGAAGAACACCAUGUACGUAUCAACAGAACUCGAAAGUGGAGAUGUUCAAAAAAACUUUGACGAUGAUGGACGUGAGAAAAGAACUGGGACGUUGCUAACGGCAAGUGCACAUAUUAUCACUGCUGUUAUUGGUUCAGGAGUGCUUUCUUUAGCAUGGGCUAUAGCUCAGUUAGGAUGGGUGGCUGGUCCUGCUGUUCUCUUUGCUUUUUCUUUCAUUACUUACUUCACUUCUACGCUUCUUGCCGAUUCUUACCGUUCUCCUGGCCCUGUCUCCGGCAAGAGAAACUACACUUACAUGGAUGUUGUUCGCUCCCACUUAGGAGGUGUGAAGGUAACACUGUGUGGAUUGGCGCAGUAUGCUAACCUCGUCGGAGUUACCAUUGGAUACACUAUUACAGCAUCUAUCAGUAUGGUGGCGGUAAAGAGGUCAAAUUGUUUUCACAAACAUGGGCAUGAAGCCAGCUGCUCAAUAUCGAGCUACCCAUAUAUGAUUAUAUUUGCAGUAAUUCAAAUAGUUCUAAGCCAAAUACCAAACUUCCACAAGCUCUCAUGGCUAUCAAUUCUUGCUGCUGUUAUGUCUUUUACUUACGCUUCUAUUGGUCUUGGACUCUCCAUUGCCAAAGCUGCUGGUGUAGGGCACCAUGUAAAGACAAGUCUAACAGGGACGACAGUAGGGGUGGAUGUGUCUGGAUCAGAGAAAAUAUGGAAAAGCUUCCAAGCCAUAGGAGAUAUUGCAUUUGCUUAUGCUUAUUCCACCGUUCUAAUCGAAAUACAGGACACGUUGAGAUCACAACCUCCAGAAAGCAAGGUUAUGAAGAGAGCCUCACUAGCUGGAGUUUCCACCACAACUUUAUUCUAUAUUCUAUGUGGUACCAUUGGUUAUGCAGCCUUUGGAAAUGAUGCUCCUGGAAAUUUCCUUACUGGUUUUGGUUUCUACGAACCAUUUUGGCUAAUUGACUUUGCCAACGUUUGUAUUGCCGUCCACCUUAUUGGAGCUUACCAGGUUUUCUGCCAACCUUUAUAUGGAUUUGUGGAGGUUCGUUGCAACGAGCGAUGGUCAGACAGCAAAUUCAUCACCUCCGAAUACGCUGUGCAAGUUCCAUGCUGUGGCGUUUACAACGUCAACUUGUUCAGGUUGGUGUGGAGAACAGCAUAUGUUGUAGUGACAGCCGUGAUUGCCAUGAUAUUCCCCUUCUUCAAUGACUUCUUGGGUUUGAUCGGGGCAGCAUCGUUCUAUCCAUUAACUGUCUACUUCCCAAUAGAGAUGCACAUUGCCCAGAAAAAGAUACCAAAGUAUUCUUUCACAUGGGUAUGGCUGAAAAUUCUAAGCUGGACUUGCCUGAUUGUAUCACUUGUUGCAGCUGCUGGAUCUAUCCAGGGUCUUGUCACCUCUCUCAAGCAUUACAAGCCUUUCUCAACUCAACAAUAAGUUUUCAGAACUGUUCAAAUUAAAUAUGUAAUAUUUUCAAUAAGAAGUGUAAUCCAAACUGAUUGGCUGUAUGUUAUUCUUACAAAUUUUAUACAGUA